AUGACGAUGCUGUAUCUGCUUCUGUCGCUUUUCGCCUUACAGCUCGUCCUGGUGACUCCAUUUGUGAUCGAGAAAGAACAAGUAGAGAACAGAGAAGAACCUCCGUUCUUGGAAAUGAACAAGACCAUAUCAGAGUCCCCUGACCCAAAGACCACUGAGGCACCAUGGACAGACGUCGAAUUUCCUUUAGAAGAGGCUGAACACGAUGUUGAUACCUGCCGAAAAGUUGGCAUGUACGUCAGCUUCGCGGAGCUUGCUCUUUCUGAUGAGAUCAUCACACCUUGGGGCUUCGAUGCCUUUCAGUGCAAAGGCAAAUGUUCCUCAACACAACGGAAGAAGUUUCCCAAUCGCUCGACAGUCAUGGCCUUGCUAGAGAAAAAGAAAGGCAUUGAAAUUGAUGACGAGGCGUGCUGUGUCCCAACCAAACUGGCGCCGAUAUCAGCCCUCGUUUUAGAAAAGAAUGGACACAUCGUACUGAAAAAGUUUGAUGACCUUGUCGUCGAAGAAUGUGGAUGUGAGUAG